GUCUACACUCUGAAGUCUCAGAAAUGAUUUCACCCGCAGUCAACAAAGAAUAUUGCGCAGGCAGCAUACGAGUACCAGGUUAUGCUGUAAUGUGCUACUAGGAAAAGGGUCAGGCAGUGUUGAAAUGAACAGUCUUGCAGUGCCACUCGGAGCUGAGUAUUUCACUAUGGGAUACAAGCCAAAAGGGACAAGCCAGUUUAACGUUAGCAACAUGGGAACAGUUGGAAAAGAAAAAGAAAAUACGAGGCUUUCGCAAGGAUGCCCAGCUAUCCCUCGAUUUUCACCUAAUCUGAGGCCAAACCGACACCGGAUCAACAGGCCGAGCCCUGCCCAGAUCACUCAGGUGAAAGUAAUGAUGUCUCUUGGACAUUUAGCCAAGGGGGCCAGUUUGGACGAGCUUAUCGAGGCUUGCAUUCAGUCAUUUGAUGCAGACGGAAGCUUGUGUCGAAGUGGUCAUCUGCUGCAGAUAACACUGACAAUGCACCGGCUGAUCAUGUCAUCAUCUGACCUGCUGGAGAAACUUGUCACUCUUUAUAAAAAUGCUUUUGGAAGUCAGAGUCCCACAGAUUGUCUGAAAAUCUGCUAUGUGAUCAGGUAUUGGAUCACUGAGUUUUGGAUAAUGUUUCAAUUGGAUUCCAGCCUAACUGACACGAUGGAGCAGUUUCAAGAACUGGUCCGAGAAAACAGGGAAGAAAGACACUGCCGCCUGAUUGAUACAACGCAGAUAAAUGCCAGAGAAUGGUCCCGGAAGAUCACCCAGAGAAUAAAAGCUAACAGCAGUAAGAAGAGAAAAGUUUCCCUGCUGUUUGAUCACCUGGAGCCCGAGGAGUUGGCAGAGCACCUCACCUAUCUGGAGUUCAAGUCCUUUCGUAGGAUAACAUUUGCAGACUAUCAGAAUUAUAUUGUCAAUGGGUGUGUGAAGGAAAACCCAGCAAUGGAACGCUCUAUAGCGCUGUGCAAUGGCAUCUCCCAGUGGGUCCAGCUGAUGGUGUUGAGCAGACCCACAGCACAGCUGCGGGCAGAAGUCUUCACCAAGUUCAUUAAUGUAGCUCAGAAACUCCAUGAAGUCCAGAAUUUUAACACACUAAUGGCGGUGGUCGGGGGUUUAUGCCACAGCUCAAUCUCCAGACUCAAGGAAACCAGUUCACAUGUACCAAAUGAGGUCAACAAGGUACUGAAUGAGAUGACAGAGCUGCUCUCCUCCUGUAGAAAUUAUGACAACUACAGGCGUGUGUACAGUGAGUGCACAGGCUUUAAGAUCCCCAUCCUGGGGGUUCACCUGAAAGACCUAAUCUCGGUGCACGAGGCAAUGCCAGAUUAUGUGGAAGACAAGAAGAUUAAUGUACAGAAACUUCAGACACUUUAUAACCAUAUCCAUGAACUGAUAGUGCUGCAGCAGCUGGCACCUCGCCUGGAUGCUAACAAGGACCUUGUCCACUUGCUAACGCUGUCACUGGACCUUUACUACAGCGAAGAUGAGAUAUACGAACUGUCCUACGGACGUGAGCCCAGAAACAGCAAAGCACCGCCAGGGACUCCAGCCAGGCCCCCAGUAGUGUCAGACUGGGCCCCUGGGGUGGCACCCAAACCGGAUCCGAAGACCAUCAGUAAACAUGUCCAGAGGAUGGUGGAUUCAGUAUUUAAAAAUUACGACCAUGACCAGAAUGGCUACAUUUCUCAAGAGGACUUUGAGAAGAUUGCUGCUAGCUUCCCAUUUUCCUUCUGUGUAAUGGACAAAGAAAAGGAAGGACUGAUCAGUAGGGAAGAAAUCACUGCCUACUUCAUGAGGGCCAGUGUGAUCUGUUCCAAACUGGGCUUGGGGUUUAUCCACAACUUCCAGGAGACCACCUACAUGAAACCCACUUUCUGUGACAACUGUGCUGGAUUUCUCUGGGGUGUUAUCAAGCAAGGAUACAGAUGCAGAGACUGCGGAAUGAACUGCCACAAGCAAUGCAAAGAAUUGGUGGCGUUUGAAUGCAAAAAGAAUGCAAAGAGCACAGGAGUAGACAACAGCCCCACAUCAAGCUCCACUCCAACAGCACUCUGUACUCCAGGGGUCAGAGGUUACGAGCAUGGUUCUGAGGAUGGCCAGUUCACAUACCCUAACGGUGAAGGAGCAGAGCAUUCAGACAAAAGCAAGGAAUGGGAGUCAACUCUUGCAAGCGUAUCAGAACAGUCACACUCAGGAGAACUGAAAGCAUGGGCAGUGAACAAAAGCACCCAGACUGAAUGGCCCCAGUCCCCAGAAUCUGUGUUUUUACUACCUGCUCCACUCUCCCCCUGCCCGUCACCUCUUACUCCCUGCCCAAGCCCUGUGCCAGUCCGCAAAAGAGCCUACGCAAAGUGGGAGAACAGAGCCUCGACUGUGAAGCCAACCUAUGAGCAGUUAGAAAUGGAAAAACAGACGCUUCAGAAGUCCAACGAGACCCUGCGGCGGAAGUUAAAGGCAUCGGAACGAGACGUGGAGGUGCUGCAAACCCUCCUCAAAAGACACACCCUCCACCCCCUGGACCCAGAAGAUUCCUCGUAAUGCAGAGAACUUUCAGCAAGAGCCCAACAAGCUGCUGCCGUCUCACAGUGACGCUAGUGAGCUUGCUCAGGCACAGACAAAACCUUUUCAAAGGUCAACCAACUAAUGGACAUUCAAAAUGCUGUUUGUAGGACUCGCUGCUUUUGUAACAAGCCAGUGGUGUUGUUUACUUGGCCUCUGUAUAUUCACAUAUGUAACAAUCAUCACAUUUACAAGCAGCUGUGUGUGUGUGUUUUUUUUGUUUUUUUAACAUUAACAAUGUCACAUUUGGUAUCAGGUAAUUUAUUCAUUAUCUACAAUUUACUUGUGAUUUCUCACUGUCAGUAACUGAAUGUCUUAUUACAGAAAAAAUACUAUUAUUGGUAUUAGAAGUAUAAUUAUUUAGGUCAAGAAUGUACCAAUUGUAUUAGAGCUAUAGUUUUAUUAAACAUAUCCUUACAAGAACACAGACAUUGCACAGCUAUUUGAUACCAAAUAUAUAGAGCACAACAGUCUCUGUCCUUACAACUAAAAUCAACAGUUAAAUCCUUACAUGUCUCAAUUUUGUAGUCUUGUGAAAACUUCAAACGUAUCAAACCAUUUUAAUCUUCAUUUAUUAAUAUCUGUAUAAAAUGUAAAAUAUUCUAAAUAAUUCUACCAAUGACACUGUACGCUUAUAGGUGUGUAUUUGUAAAAAGUGAAGUUAAUGUAAUGUUUUUGCCUGGAUCCUCCAGGAUCCUAUUAAUUUAAUUGGAACCAAGACUGACUUUUAUUACCAGUAUUUGUUGUCAUUUAGAAAAAUGUGUAAAUAUGCAAAUAUAUAAAUAUAUUGUACAGUUGUUUUAAUGUAUUGUAUUACUGACCUUUGUUUAUAUACUGCCUGUCUGCAACGUUGUGGUAUACAGUGUUUUUACCAUGUUAAAUAUUCAACAAUUAAACUAUUUAAAAACA